UUUAACUGGCGAGAGAAAGUUAACGAGAAUAAAAAUCCAGAACAACUUUGAGGAGACAAGUUCGAGACUUCGAGGGAAGCACGGAAAAACUUCAAAGUUGCUAGAAUCAGAGUCCCACAUAUGGGGGAACAAGCUGAGCAGAGACUGUGAGAGAUCCAAUUCUAUUUUUCAUCCCUUGUCAUGGUUAUGGCGUCUGUGUCUUUUUGCAGCUUGAUCCUGGGCAAUGUUGAUCUUCGACGGCCAAGAUUAGACCUGCAGGCGUAAGCUACGUUACCCUUUAGUCUGAAUUCCUUGAUCCCACCUUCACUUCCUGUCUCUUCCAAAAUCAAUUCUUCUCUGAUUUCUCCAUAUCUGCUCCGAUUGCGCCACUCGUAGCAAUUCAAGCUUUGGGUAGAAGAAUGACCUGGAACGAAGAAAACAGUGACUGCUGAUUAUCAGUUGACUUGUUGAUUAAAUUCCACAUGUUGAACAAGAACUUGGAUGCCAGUGGUGAGGAAAGUCGGACAUGAAUUUGUGGGUUGAUCAUCUGCCAGUACUUCUGCACCUAGUCCUCGAUUUACAUUCUUUGAAGACAUUUGAUAGCUUUUGCAACUGAGAAGCUGUUCUAAUGGAGCUAAAGAAGCCGGAAAUUUUGUUUGUUGCCAACCCUAGGAGGGCUCCAGGUGCGUUUACUCAAUACAUACAUGCAGGAUCAGCCAGUGGUGUUUUAAAAACAGGACAGGAUGUGCAUAAUAACAUCUCAAUACAGCCAGGGAAAGAAUUCUCUGCCGAGUUUGGUCAUGAAGGAAUUGCUGGUAGAAGAGAACCUGCUGCGCCUGAUUCACUUGGAAAGCAUGAAGGUAGGUUUGGUAUUCACGUGGAGAGUGGCCAAGUGAGAUAUGAAGAUCUUACUAAUAUUCUGGGAUUGAAGAGAAUGGCCUCUGAGAAUCCUUUUGACGUUGCCGAUCUUAACUUGGCACAAGAGCCAACUCAAGAGAUAGAAAAUAGGACUUUUGUUGAUAAAAAUAGCAAAAUUCAAAAGGAAGGUGGCAGUGUUACACAAGGAGUGAGGAAAACUCUUGGUGAAUCAGUUGGUGACCAAGCUGUUACAGGAGCACCUGGGUCUCCCUUUCUCAGAAAAGAAUCCUCCUAUUCCAAUGAGGUUUCUGGUUUAGGAGGUUCAGAUGAUUCUCAAUCUGGAAAAAUUAAGUUACUAUGCAGCUUUGGUGGAAAAGUAUUACCAAGGCCCAGUGACGGGAAACUCAGAUAUGUAGGGGGAGAGACUCGCAUUAUAUCUAUCCGAAGGGAUAUUUCAUGGCAAGGACUUGUUAAGAAGACCUUGGGUAUUUGCAAUCAUCCUCACACAAUUAAGUACCAGCUUCCAGGUGAGGAUCUUGAUUCUCUAAUAUCUGUUUCCUCUGACGAGGAUCUUCAAAACAUGAUAGAUGAGUACCAUGGGCCUGAAAGGCAUAAGGGAUCUCAAAGACUUCGAAUUUUUUUAAUUCCCUUGAGUGAACCUGAAAAGGAAUUGUCAUUUGAAGCAAGAACUGAUCAGCAGAGUAAUCCUGAUUACCAAUAUGUUGUUGCGGUGAAUGGCAUAGGGGACUGUAGUCCUGGAAUAAAUGGUUCAGGGCAGAGCUUGACAAAUGAAGUUGGUCCAUUGGGGACGAGUUUGAAUUUUGCUCCGGACUUUCAGAAAAGAUUUCCAAAUACACAUUCUUCUUCGGAGAUCAAGGGUGGUGGUAGUGUUAUACAUCCAAAUGGGUUUUUUAAUGAAUCUCAGAGUCUGCAGAGGACCUCCAAUCAACAUCAACAUAUUUCUACUACCCCAUUUGACGGAGGAAAUUUGAGCACAGUUUAUCUGCAGUCUCAAGGUAAUAGCUCAUGGCAGGAAAGUGCUGCAGGUAGCUUAUCCUUUAUUACUGCCCAAUUAUCGCCUGAGACAUCUAGUGUACCUGCUGAUAGCAGAUGCUCCCAACAAAUGGCUGCAACUUUCCUAUAUGACAAUCACCCCUGCCAACAAGCUGAUGUUACUCUGCCAGAGCUGUACCACCAGAAGCUAUUCAAGAAUAAUCCUGGCAAGGAAUUUAUAACGGCCUCAUAUGCUAAUCAAAGUGACAGUUGUAAUGAUGAAAUUUUGGGUGAAAAGUCUAUGCAUCAAUCAGGAAAUCCUCUUUCCAGCCUGGGCGAAUCAGUUUGUCCACAGUCUGGAUCAAAUUGUAUUCCUGAUUCUCUAAAUUGGAUGCCCCAUGCAUUUUCUGAUUCGAAGUUGCAUGAGAGUGGAUUAAAGUCUGGUUACUGCUCUCAAGAAGGGGUUGGUCAAUUUUCCUCGUUGAACCUUUCAGUGGCUCAGUUAUCUUCAAUGUUAUCCUCCAAUGUUUCACAAAGGGACCCUGUGGAAAUCCAGCAUGAUCCGCUUCUCAUUUAUCCCCAAAGACAAAGUAAGAUACCAAAUGUUGAGCCAGGUGAGUUGCACAGAAGGCAGGAUUUUCCAUUUUCUUCUCCAUCUGCGGUAUGUUUAGGAGUGAAUGAUCCUAUUCAGAAGGAUAGCAUUUUAUACAGUAGGGGGAAUCCUUUAGCUCAAACUGAUUUAACAGCACCUAGCUUUAUAGAGCGGCAGUGUGGGGACAAUACUGUGAAAACAGAAAUCAUGAAGAGAAUGGAAGACAAAAGUUCUCUUCAGACUAACGAGAGCAAUCUUUAUGAGAGGGAAUCACCUGCCGUUGCUAUAGAGCAUGUGAAUGAUUUGCAUAUUCUGGAUUCUUCUCCAGCAUCUAAUUCAAACAUUAAGAUUAAUCAGUUGGAGCAAUCUUAUGAUGGUAUGAUUUCUGCAUCCUCUUGCUUGACAGGAAUUUCCCAAAACAAUCUGAUUGAGAAGACCCCAUCAAAUUUUCUUGACAUGAGACACGGGACUAGUGAUGGAAGAGAUUGUGGUUUAACUGAAGGUUUGAAUGGUGGGCUGGGAUUUGAUUUUUCUUGGACCAGAAAAUCUAGCUUUAAUGCUUCAUCCCUAAAAUGUGAAGGAACCUCUUCUGGCAAAACUUCUCCAAGCGAUUGCUUGUUCGACCUGUCCAUGGACCCGGUUUCUCGUAAACAAGCACAAGUUCAACCUUUUCACAAGGAUACAGAUCUCUGUAGAAAUCCGACAGUAAGCUCAGCUUUUUUGUAUCCUUCAGUACUUCGUGAUGACCCUGGUCCUAGUUCAAAUUUGCCUGUGAAUGAAUUACAGAACUCAAGCAAGAAUACUGUGUUUAAAAGAGUAUCUUCUCUCGAUGAACUUGUAGCUAGUUCUAGUCAAGUGGUUGAUCAGUAUAGUGGUGGAACUCUUGCUUGUGAAACAAAAGCUGAAGAUAUCACGUUGGAGCAAUCAAAAAAUUUUGAAAAGUGCAACAAUUUGAAUAAAGUUGAGCCACUUAUUGGUGUAGAAGAUUUGACUGAUGUUGUUCCUCCAAGUGUUGAGCCUUCAUUGGUGCCCAGCCCACAUAUAGUGGUUGAAAUUGGAAGUGAUGUUGUAUCCCCAUCUGCAACAGAAUUGGAGAGCGCUAUUCCAGAUUCUGAACCUGAGGAUUUUAAAGAUGAUGAAGAAGACAAGAAUGAAUCCCUUACUGUUGCAAUGAUAGCGGAAAUGGAAGCCAGCAUCUAUGGCUUACAGAUAAUUCAAAAUGCCGAUCUUGAAGAACUUCGGGAGUUAGGAUCUGGUACUUAUGGAACUGUUUAUCACGGAAAAUGGAGGGGAACUGAUGUUGCUAUAAAGAGAAUUAAAAGGAGCUGCUUUUCAGGAAGAUCUUCUGAGCUAGAGCGAUUGACAAAAGACUUCUGGAGAGAGGCGCAAAUUCUCUCAAAUCUUCACCACCCCAACGUGGUUGCUUUUUAUGGGGUUGUACCGGAUGGAGCUGGAGGAACCUUGGCGACUGUAACUGAAUAUAUGGUUAACGGUUCCCUUAGGCAUGUCCUUGUCAAGAAGGAUAGAUUACUUGAUCAUCGUAAAAAGCUAAUAAUUGCCAUGGAUGCAGCUUUUGGAAUGGAAUAUUUACAUUCAAAGAAUAUUGUUCAUUUUGAUUUGAAAUGUGACAAUUUACUUGUCAAUCUGAGGGACCCACAGAGACCCAUAUGUAAGGUUGGAGAUUUUGGAUUAUCAAGAAUUAAACGCAAUACCCUGGUAUCUGGGGGUGUGCGAGGAACCCUUCCUUGGAUGGCACCAGAGCUGUUGAACGGCAGUAGCAACCGGGUUUCCGAGAAGGUUGAUGUUUUCUCAUUUGGCAUCUCUAUGUGGGAGAUAUUGACUGGGGAGGAACCUUAUGCAGAUAUGCAUUGUGGCGCUAUUAUCGGGGGGAUUGUAAAGAACACUCUUCGACCACCAAUUCCUCCCCGUUGUGACCCUGAGUGGAGGAAGCUUAUGGAAGAAUGUUGGUCACCUGAACCCGAUAGCCGACCAUCUUUUACUGAGAUAACUAGUCGUCUCCGAUCAAUGUCUAUGGCCCUCCAAGCCAAGCCUCAUAAUCAGUUGCGGCAGACAACAAACGGUGUUCAUUCCUGAAACCAAGGCAUGCUUUGGUCAUCCUUUUCCAUUCGUUGUCCAUUAUCUCCCAGCACCGAGUAUUAAAGUUGGCUUGAAUUCUUGAGGAGUGAGCACAAUUAUAUAGCCUGCUGUUUCUCUUUUUCUGUCGGCAAUAUCUUCAUUUGUUUAUUCUUUUAGUGGAAGUUGAAAUUUAGAUCAUGGUAUAAGUUGAUUGUAUCUAUCAAUUUUCUGCUUGUUUCAUGAUCGAAUAUUCUGCCAGAUUAUAGGGGAAAAAGCAGGACAUCUUUACUGUAUAGGUACAUAUAUAUUGCAUGACUGUGAGUCUGUAAAUCCUACAAAUAUAUAUUGCAUGAUUGUGAGCUUGUAAAUCCUGCAAAUUUUUGUUCAUUUUUAUGGAAACACGUCCAAUUUUCCCAUUU